GUCCAAACAAUCGCGACAACCCACCUAACAUUUCAUCUGGCAACAUCCCCCUGUUCAGCAUCUCAAUCUUUGCGCACGUCCACACUCGUUCUCAUCCUGUCGUCGCGGCAAUCAGAUGGUCUCGACAAGGUUUCAUUACGCGCCGAAGUCCUCAGCAGUUGAACACUAAUAGACUCAUAAUCUACGAACACGCGCCGCUCCAGAAGCCAUACUCGUUCUGUCGCGAUACAUAGCGGAUAUACUCAUCAGAGAGAAGCCUUAGCUUUGCUGAAUCUGGAAAGCGCAAUAGGUGGCUCGUCUGUCGCAAGUCGCAUCUUUCGUCGUGAAGCUGUCGACAUGGCCCGACUGAAUACAGCCGUUCCAAGCUCCUCGCGAGCGUCAUCAUUAUACCCAACGACUCCAGUUCCAGAGGACACAGACAGCGAGCGACGCGUAUUCAGCCCACCCACCGGCUCGGACAAAGAAAAUCAAAGCUUCGCCGAUCCAGACGAAGACGAAACAAGGUCGAGAGGGAAGCGCAAGGCUGUGGCCGGUUCGUCACGCCGUCCUCGCGACAUGCCACAAGAAUCACGGCCAUCUCUGACUGAAAGAAAUGACACGCCUAUAGCGAGCAGAGUCCCGGAAGAGCUGCUAUUCUACGACCCUGAUCAGAAUGCAAGGAAGAGGCAAAAGCUCCGCAAAGAGAUGCGAGAGAAUGAGCGUGCCUUGAAACAUCAAAAGGAGACACUCAUCCAACCAGGGGGCGAAGUUGAACUUCUGCGACGCCUCGAGCACGCAGACUACUUGAUGAAUAAAGUGCGACAAACUGCCGAUGCAACAAUCGACUCGCAAUUUCUCGUGGACGCUGGAGACAUUGCAUUAAAAAAAGCAACAGCUAUCGUGAACGGCGACAAAGCUACGACGAUAGACACGGACGAAUUUGUCUCUAAGUGCAAGAUAUUUAUGCGCAAUGCUGGCUUUGAAUCUGAUAACGAGGCGUCGGCAAGCACGCAGCGCAGGCGGCAGCGUCCCAGGGAGCACGACGAUGUCGACGAAGAUGAUGACCGCGAGCGCGAGGACCUCAAUUGGGCUCAUCUUGGACACUUUGCUUGCUUUCCAGCGAACUCAAGGCCUCCCCUCCCUGGCUUUCUUCUUGGACCUUUGUCGGUUCAGAAGAGGAUUCGACAAGUAACGCAAAGACAACCUCGCCAGCAGAGGAGGAAUGUUACAGAAGUCCGACCAGAGCAACUUCAAGCGUCCGAUCUGGAGAAAGCAGAGACAGCCAACGUAACGGCAAUGUGCCAGCAGAUCAGCAAGAUCCUGAACAAACAUAUCGACGAAAAGUCUGAUCAACUCGAGGAAGUAUGGGGAGACGCCACAAGCGAAGAGCAAGAUGAGCUGCUACGCAAACAUCGCUUAGCUUUGACGGAAGAAUCGGAAACGACUGAAGGCGGUCAACCGGCCAUGUCCUUAUUCGACUGCGUCAUCAACCCAAAGUCUUUUGGACAGACUGUGGAAAAUUUGUUCUAUGUAUCUUUCUUGAUUAAGGAGAGCGAUGUUCAGAUUGAGUACGAUACGGAUGGCUUGCCUGUGCUAAUACCACGAAAAGAGAAGCUCUCCGAAGAAGAGCGAGCGAAGGGACAGCGUUCCAAGCGACAAGCUAUCAUCAGCAUUGAUUACGCCACAUGGAAACAAUUAAUUACAGCUCUCGAUAUCAAAAAGCCUCUCAUUCCUCAUCGAGAAGAGUAACCACAGGCGCCCCCGUUGCCAAUGAUUAAUCAUGUCUAGGUCACGAAUGCUCUGUCUUGAAGUUACAUUUCAGCAUUUCUGUCUUUACAGCUCGGUAUCACCAGCCAUUAUACCCAUUUCGGCUUGUCAUUUCGAGUGCAUUUAUUGUAUAUAUUCGGAGUUUCUUUGGGAGUGAGUCUUCAGAGGAUACCUUAGACUGUGGAGCUUUGGCUUUGCGCUAUACGUUACUGGGCAAGGGCUAUAUUAUGCCUUUCGGGACAAUAAACUCUGUACCUAAUUAGAGCAAUCGGUCCAGGAACCGUGAGAUUCCUCUCUAAUCGAUAAUCACUCGAACCGAACAUCGUGAGCACUGGAUCACGACUGUCUAAAGAUAUACCCG